AUGGAGCCCGGGGUAUCCCGGGCAACCCCUCAUCCAGGGGUGGACCUACGUGGAGCCGGGGUAUCUCGGGCAACCCCUCAUCCAGGGGUGACCUCCAUGGUGCCCGAGAGUACUUACAAUCUUGAUCCUGGAAAACCAUUUACAUGGCCACCGGCAGCUCGGAUCAAUGCAGACAAGGCAUCGUUUUAUCGAUGCGGGUUUGUAAGUGUGCAGGGUACGUUGACAGAUUCCGAAGAUCGUCACUACUUUGAGAAUUGCUAUAUCGAAGGCGCUUUGGAUUUUAUAUGGGACAAUGGGAGAUCAAUUUACCAUGAAUGCAAGAUAAAUGUAACAGCAAUAUCAGAAGGUGUGCCCGGUUAUAUCACCGCUCAAGCUCGAGAUAGCACGGCUGAUAACAGCGGUUUCAUGUUCAAACACGGUUUGAUCUUCGGAACCGGUUCUGCUUAUCUAGGAAGAGCAUAUAGGCCUUAUGCCAAAGUAUUAUUUCACCGCACAAAGAUGUCUGAUGUAAUUGUUGCACAGGGUUGGUCAGCAUGGGAUUAUGUUGGCAGAGAGUAA